AAUAUACUUUAUGUGAAAAUAAGAUUACAUACAGACUGAAAAUCAAGCAUUAUUCAGUACAGUAUAUUUACCUGAUUAUACUUACAUACUUUUAUUUAAGUAACAUUUUGACUUUUUUCAUCAGUUUCUUGAACUACUUAUGGACUUGCUUAAUUGCUCAUCAGCAUUGGAAUUAGGGGCGGUGGAAGGUGCUUUGGGUUAACUGUAAUGGACCCCAUCAGUAAAAAUGCUUGAUUUUUAGUAUGUAUGUACUCAUAGUUGUCCUGAACUCAAAUCUAUCAGUCACUGCCUGUAACUAUGGAGCAAUGUGUUUUUACAGCACCUGAAAUAUCAGAACGGAAGCCAUUUCAAGGUACAAAUGUGGUACUUUUACUUUGGAAAAUCUCAAAAUGAAUACAGUAAAAAUGCUUGAUUUUCAGUGUGUAUGUAGUCAAGAGUUAUCCUGAACACAAAUGUAUGAGUCGUUGUCAGGAAAAAAAUAAAAGAAUAAAGUAAUUUCCCAUUUUAGUAUGAUUUUUUCAAUGUAUAAAAGGGACACUGGAAAUAUGUUAUAUGCUUCCCGUGAAUAUAAUCCAAUUAAUAUUAUUUUCGCAUACAGUAUAUAUUUGGUAUAAACUUUGUGUUAACACAUUAUUUUGAAAACCGGACGUAGUCACGUGUGUGUGUCCGACGCAGUUUGAUAAAUUGUAUGAUAUGUGAUGUGCUCGUGUCGCGUACAAUUCAGAUUUAAAUAGCCUCUCUUCAGGUGGUGUCAGAGAUGGCGCUGCUGUUGCUCCAUUUAUCGCAGAUGAUUGGAAUCCGUGGGAGGAUGAACAGGUGGAGUACAACUCUGCUCUGAACAAAAAGAGAGAGGCCUUCAAACAGUACCUGGGUCGAAUUGACAAGAACAAACCCAAAAGAUACAGGGUCCAAAUCUGGGGGAAAGCUGCCAUAGGGCUUUACCUUUGGGAACAUAUUUUAGAGGGACCCCUCAACCCUACUGACAAGGUAGCACAAUGGAGAGAAGGAGAGCUGCAGACAGGAAAGAUUGAUUUCAGUUUCUACACAGGUCCUGCUGUGGUCCAGGGUCAUGUCCCUCUGGAAAUGAACAGCCUGGUUCUGGUUCUGAACGGCCGCGAGCAGCAGAAGGUCUCUUACUCCACACGGUGGCUGGAGCAUGUCCAAGCUCUGGUACAGUCCCACACAGUGUCACAUGUGGCCGUGGUCCUGCUGGGCAAUGAGCACUGCAACAACGACUGGAUCGGCCCGUACUUAAAGAGAAAUGGUGGUUUUGUAGAGCUGCUGUUUCUAGUGUACGACAGCCGCUGGGUCAACGACAAGGAUGUCUUCCAGUGGCCUCUUGGUGUCGCCACAUACAGGCAGUUUCCUAUGAUCAGGCCGAAUGCCCAACUGAUCACCUCCAACAGACCAUACCUCUGCAAUUUCCUAGGAACUGUUUACAAAAAUUCUUCCAGAGAAACUCUCAUGCAGGUGCUGAAACAAUCUGGCCUGGAUAAGGAAUGCAUCACCACUGCCAGAGAGAAGUGGCUCCCUCAGGAGACAGCAGACAGUCUAAGACGCUAUCAGACAGCUUUGGCCCAGAGCGAGCUCACUCUCUGCCCAGUCGGGAUCAACACAGAGUGCUACCGCAUCUACGAGGCCUGCUCUUAUGGCUCAGUUCCCGUGGUGGAAGAUGUACUGACACCUGGGACCUGUGCGGCCGGGCCCAGCUCCCCACUACGUCUGCUCAAAGCUGCAGGAGCACCCUUCAUCUUCAUCAGUGACUGGAAAGAACUGCCAGCCAUCUUGGAGAGGGAGAGAGGGAUGAGCCAGGAGCAGAGGGUGGACAGGAGGAGGAGGCUGUUGGAGUGGUACGCGAGCUUCCGUCAGCAGAUGAAGGAGAGGUUCACUGAGGUCAUCGAGCAGACUUUCUUCAAAAGCGGCUGACUGUGGUGCUCAAUUAAAAAACCUUUGAAAGAUACACAGCAGUAGACGUUCAAUAUUGAUUUAACUUAUUUUGUGGUUUGUGGAGAAAUGUGACAUACUACUGGUGAAGUGUACCUGAUUACGUUCAGUGUAAUGUUCUUGUGUGGGUUAAACCAUUUAUGUUAAGUUGUAAAGCUGCCAUUACUAGUCAGUAAAGGGUCCAUGACAUUACUGUAUAUUUAUCAUCAAUGUUUACAAUGGUGGAAUGUCUAAAUGAUAAAUUGCCUUUGCAUUUUAAAGUCCUAAUGUUAUUUCAGCUGUUUUAUAUCUUUGUUUGUAUGCACUACAUAUUGUGAUUUUUAGGAAUCACUCAACAUUAGGUGUAGAAUGAGACAAUAAUGUGUUUUCAGGGCAUGGAGCUAUUUUAUAUUGUGAGUAGCUUGAAAAUGGAUGUUGUUCCUGUGGCAUGUGUCGCUUUUCUGAUGAAAACAUAACAAAAACAUUUCUUCUUUGUUCUAUUUAUUUCAGUGCAGUGCUGCAUGGAUUUUUUUACAACAGUGCAAUCAAAUAAAUUGGAGUGUUGUCCUGAAUAGAAA